AUUACGGACAUUUCGGACCACGGACGUUUCGGACCAGACAUUUCGGACCAGAUUUUUGGGUCAUUUCGGACCAGAUUUUGGGACAUAUCGGACCAUGCGAUGGUCAUUUCGGACCAUGAUGGGGACACUUCGGACCAGAACAUAUAUUCCUUUUUAUAUAAAAUUAUUUGUUAUUUCAGGAUGUAUUUACAAUAUUUGACAUUUUUUAUAUUUUAUGAUAUUCAAAAUGCAUGCAGUAAAGACCUGUCCGACGCGAUUUUAACAUUUUCUGAUAAGCUUAUAUUACCAUUGUUUUGUCUAUCCAUGCAAAUACUUCUAUCGUAAUUCAUUUAUGUAUUUCUAUACGCUGACAUUUUUUUAAUAUUGAAAAAAAAUUAAAACAAUAAUAAAAUACCUUUAGAUCUAUAUUGGUAAGCGUAGGAUAUACGCUGAAUAUACAUAUUUAAAGUCAACUUUAUCCAAAUUAAAUCGUGAUCUAGAAGGUAUUAAAGAACAACGACAUCCUUGUCAAUGCAGUUUUUCACACGUUUUAAUUGCUGAAUAGAACUCGUUAAAGUUACGAUUCACUCAAUUAAAGAAGUAUGUAUGUAAUUUUCACCUUAUUUUACAACAAAUAUUUAAAUUGAUUGGAUUAGAUUGGAAUGCGAUUAAAGUACAGUUUUAAUUAACAAUUAACAACAAACAAAUUGAUUAAUUGUAAACAAAUUUGAAGUCCAGACUGCAUUAUAAAAAGAUGUAAAAAUUGAUUUCAUCCUCAUAACUUAUACAGCUUACAAACUGAAAUAGUUAUAUACAUAUCACUAUGUCUACUGAUCGUUGUGUACACUGUGAGAUUGCCAUGGAUGUUGAUCAGGACGAAACGAUAAACUACAGUGAUGAGCGAACGAACAGGACCAGGAGUGUUAUACGUAUGCCGCAACAUGAGAGUACAAGGGUUUCUCUCUUAGCUGAGGAGCUUUCACCAGCCAGAUGUGAAUAUGAUAUGGAGACAGUCGUUGAUACGACCGCUUUUGAUGUAACACGGCCGAAUCGUGAGAUGUCCGACGACAAUAAUGGAUUAACAAUUGUGGACGAAACAGUACAAGAUGUACCAGAAGAUGCACCUGUCACUUACCAAAUAGUCGUUGGGGGUUCUACACGCGGCAACAUGAAACUGGUUUCAUCUGAUGGAUACACAUUCGUGAAGAAGCGGACUCUUGUGAACGGAACAGUUGACUGGCGAUGCAGCGUACGCGGUAGGAAAAGUGGGUGCCCAGCAGUUGUUAAACAGACAGGUUCGGACUAUCGUGUCGCGGGAAGUGCUCAUACACAUGAAUCAAAACCAGGAAUAUUGACAGCCGUUAAAGUUAAAACGGAAGUGAAGGCUGUUGCCAAACAACAGCUAUUCGAAUCGGCCAAUGUUCUGGUUAGGGAAGUAACCAACAAACUUCAAGAUGCAGAAGAGCCAGAAUCGUCCAGACCCAGUCAUGAUGCUCUUCUCAAGAUGUGUAACCGGACCAGACAGGGAUUACGUCCAAAGGAACCAGAGGAAGGAAUUGAUUUCCAGGUUGAUGAAAAUUUCCUUGAAAGCCUUGGUGAGGAUUUCUACAGAACAACGGUUCACGCAAAAGAUCGCCGCCACAUCAUAUUCGCUACGAAUAAACAACUUGAUCUACUGAAAGAAGCGAAGACUUGGUAUAUUGACGGUACUUUCAAAGUUGUAAGGAAACCAUUCACUCAACUACUUUCUGUCCACGCAUUCGUCAAGUCCGACGACGCAAUGAAGCAGCUACCUUUGUGCUUUGUUCUGAUGAUGGGCAAGAAGAAACGGGACUACAAGAAGGUGUUUGAAGCAAUUGUGCGCCUUUUACCAUCGACGGAGGUGAAGACAUUCGUGACCGAUUUUGAAGCCGGUAUAUGGCAAGGGCUAAGGGACGUUUUCAAUGAGCCAGAGAUCAAAGGGUGUGCCUUCCAUUUUGGCCAGGCACUAUGGAGGAAAGCCCAAGAGUAUGGACUUCAAACAGCUUACAACGACUCAGACGCUAUACAUCAACUUAUGAGGAAACUGUUCGUCCUACCACUGUUGCCAGCAGAAGACAUACAAAGAGCCUUUGAAAAGCUGAAGAUGAAGACAAACGGGACCAACGACAGCCGCCUUGACCAGUUCUUCAAUUAUGUCGAAAAUACUUGGGUGAAGAGUGAGAUGUGGCCAGUUUCAUCGUGGUCAGUCUUUGGUAGGUCCAUCAGAACCAACAAUGAUGUGGAGGGCUGGCACGCACGCCUCAACCGACGCGCCAAGAAGGGAAAUUUGGCAUUCUAUUUGUUAGUGGAACUGUUAUUCAGGGAAGCCAGAGAGAUCCCUAUUCUAUGUAAACUUGUGAGAGAGGGAAAAUUGUGCCGAUAUCAACGACGUGCUGCCCGUCAGACGCAGGGGAAAUUGAUGAAACUUUGGACAGAGUAUUCUGCCAAUGACAGAUCUGCCAGUAGUUUGUUGAAGUCAUGUGCCAAACUAUACGGACCCGUGUAACCAUAAACUGUACGUCAUCGUUUGGGAAUUGUUGAUAGUCGUAUGUUGUUCUACUGUAUUUGAAUUGUAAAUGUAAAUUAUUUAUAUCUUAUGUGUCAUUCAAAUGUUUUGUACCUGUGUUUUGUAAAGGUCAAUAAAGGUCAAUAUUUAUCUAAAUGUAUGCAUUCAUGUAUUUAUUUGUUUGUAAGAUAAUGUAUGAUUUGUUUUAUUAGAAUAGUUUGCCAAUAAUAUUCUUCUUCAUGUCUUUUUGUAUAUACUUCAUGUUUUCAAGCAGUGGUUAUGUUGUGGUCGUAUGUUGUUAAACUGUGUUUGUAUCAUAAAUGUAUGUGAUUAUAUUAAUGUGAAUUAUCUAUAAAUAUCUUAUUUGACAUUCAAAUAUUUUGUACAUGUGUUUUGUGAUCAAUAAUUAUCUAAGUGUAUACAUUCAACGGUAUGUAUGUGUUUGUCAAUAAUGUAUUUGUUUUAUAAGAAUAUGUUGUAAAUAAUCUAUUUCGCCAUGUCUUUCUUGUAAAUAUUUUAAAAUAAAUUGUUUGCAAACGUGUGUCAUUAAAACAUUGCUUGUUUGUUUUUUA